CUCUUGAUUGUACAUUACUAAUUAGCCUCGAAUAAAGCCGCUUGCCCUGGAAUCGAGGCUGACUGCAAGUGCUAGAUGGGCGUGGCUGUCAUCUAUGAAUGAAGAACUAGAUAAAAAUAAUGGACACUCAAGAGGCUGCUCAGAUCACUGUCACAGUCUUAUCAGCUAGGAAUCUACAGAGUAAAAGAAAAGGAGAGAUAUGUGUGGCCUCUGCUGUGUUUGGUGUCGGGAAGGAUUGCUACACAACGGAGAAAGUCACUAGCAACAAUCCGGAGUGGAAUCAAGAGGCCAGAAUCAACCUACCUCAACGGAAUCAUUCCUCGGAGAUAAAGUUCAAAGUUCGAGACAAAGAUCACACUCUGGGCAUAACCACGAUCCCCAUACACAAUAUGGUUCAUUCAAAAGAGGUCAGCAAGCGAUGGCUACCCCUCACCCCGCACAAGAAAUCGUCUGAAUCCCACGGUGACAUUCUAGUCACCUGUUUUGUCUCUGAGACCCGCCCGGCCAUGACUCGAUCUGAAAAUCCAUCUUUGUCGAAUUCGCAGGAAGACCUUCACACGGGACUCAAGGGAGGGGGUAUUGUGAGGGGGGUUAAGGACCGAUUCAGCCUGCAUCGAAGAAACCCCUCCUGGACUAAACCGAUGACAUCAUCCAGCCCCUCGCCUAAUAGACUCUCUGGCUCUGAUAUAGAGCUGAGUUCCAGAACAAUGCGUGGGCUUGUGUCGGAGGGCAAUAUUCGCGUGGCCAGCUCUCCCAGUGAGGUUAGUGGAAACUCAUCAGUGAGAAGCAGUGAGAUUGAGAGCCCGUUAGUUCCGGAGGUGUCAGGGAUUUCCCCUAAAGAGGGGCCAGUGGAGGGUGGUCAACGUGUUGUCCUGCGUGGUAGUUGUCUAGGAGAGUGUAAGAGUGAUGUACUGCGUGUGGUGAUAGCAGACGUGGACUGUACUGACACUCUGGAGUAUCAUUCUCAGUCUAAGCUAAUAGUGACGUCAGGCCCUCGCCAUGCCCCUGGAGUGGGUCCAGUGCUAGUGGAGACACGGACGGGGGGAGUCGGUAUAUCAAGUCUACAUUUCAGUUUCAGCUCCGGCGAAGUCUCGUAUCCUCCGGAGGUGUCGGGGAUUUCCCCUCGGGAGGGGGUCAUCGAGGGGGGUCAACGUGUGGUUCUCAGGGGUAGCAAUCUCGGAGAGAGCAAGAGUGACGUUGUGAGAGUAGUGAUAGCUGGGGUGGACUGCACAGAGUCUGUGGAGUACCUGUCUCAGUCUAAACUUGUAGUGACUACAGCGUGCACUCCCUCUCCAACUGUUGGUCCAGUUGUUGUGGAAACAGUUCUAGGUGGCAUUGGAACAUCUAGUUUGACAUUCUCCUACAUAACAGAAAGUGGCUCUCAAGUGGGCGGAGCUCUCGUCAGGAAGGAGAGUGGGUCAACUAAAGUGAAAAAACCUGACAUUGACCCAGUGGAGUUCAAGGCUCUCAAGCAACAGCUAAGAGACUUUAAGCAGGACAACGUGAAGCUCAAAGAUGAGAACCUGUCUCUGAGGGAGUACAUAGACCAACUUGUUCUCAGUGUAAUGGAGGUCAAACCAGACCUACUAGAGAUACGGCCGACACCAGCAGCUCCUCUCACUGUCUCUAACACAAGUCUCGUCUCUACCUAGCAACUCUAUAUGUAACUGUUUGACAAUUAUUGCCACGGCUCAGUGAAUGUGUGUGUCCAAAUAUUCUUUCAUGUGUUUCUUGUUUGCAUUCA